AACUCUAGUCUGAUUUCUUCUCUUCUUUUCCCAUUUGUUUAUGUACCAUUUUGGGAGGGGGAAGGAGUUUAGAGUUAGAGAGGUUGAAGAAAUGGUUAUAUAGAAAUCUUUUCUUACAUUUUACAUUCUGGGAUAAUUCUUUUAGAAAUUAAAUCUUAAAUUUUAAACCUUACAACCCUAAAACUUUAAAUCCUAAUCUCAGGUAGAGCCAAUAAUUCCUCGAUAAUAUCCACCACCAUCUGGGUGAAUGAUUUGUCAAAAUUCUGUGGAUUAUGGGUGAGAAUGAAUCUCAUUGGGCCCCAGUGGCCCAUUAUAAACCCAAGUCAAGGAGUUCUCCUUUUCAAAUAGGUAUAGGAGGCGGCUCCAAGAGAGUUUGAGGUUGUAUUCAUUGUUUAGAGUUUUUUAAAGCAUGUUUCCAAGCUUCAAAUCAAGAAUUUCUAAGCUCUGAUGCUCCUUCAAAUCCCCAGAAGAUCGCUUCAAUCUCCAACCCAUAACUCAGUUUCAAAUACUACAACUACCAAUCUCACGAUAACCUCAGCAAACCCGCCAAGACCAGCCAGUUUCGAACAACAUUUUCGAGAUAUAUGCACCCUUCUGGUCUCCCUCACCCGCUCCAGGUCCCUCUCUAAGGGCCAGCAGCUCCAUGCUCAUGUCAUCAAGUCUGGGUUACAGACCAUCGCUCUAAUCUCUAACCACCUCAUCAAUUUCUAUUCAAAAUGCCAACGGCCUCAUGAUUCCCGCCAGGUUUUCGAUGAAAGUCCACAUAAGUCGUCUACGACUUGGAGCUCUAUCAUCUCCACUUUUGCUCAGAAUGAGCUUCCCUUAUUAUCUCUUGAGCUGUUUCGCGAAAUGCUCGACUAUGGAAUUCGACCUGAUGAUCAUAUCUUUCCUAGCGCGACAAAAUCGUGCGCAGUUCUGUCGAGAUAUGAUAUCGGGCAGUCCGUGCAUUCCCUCGUAGUGAAAACGGGAUAUGAUUCUGAUGUAUUUGUGGGUAGCUCGAUGGUUGAUAUGUAUGCAAAAUGUGGGGAAAUCAAAGAUGCUCGUCGGAUGUUUGAUGAAAUGCCGGACAAGAAUGUUGUUUCUUGGAGUGGAAUGAUAUAUGGGUAUACUCAAUUGGGUGAAGACGAGGAGGCUUUAAGGCUCUUUAAACAAGCUCUGAUGGAGGAUUUAGAUGUUAAUGAUUUUACCUUUUCUAGUGUUAUUCGGGUUUGUGGAAAUUCGACACUCCUUGAAUUGGGAAGGCAGAUUCAUGGACUAUGCUUAAAAACGAGCUUCGAUUCAUCAAGCUUUGUCGGAAGCUCUUUGAUAUCAUUGUACUCCAAGUGUGGCGUUAUAGAAGGAGCUUUCCGGGUGUUUGAUGAGGUACCCAUUAAAAAUCUUGGCAUGUGGAACUCAAUGCUGAUUGCAUGUGCACAACAUUCACAUACUCAAAAGACAUUCCAGUUGUUCAACCAGAUGGAGAAUGAUGGGAUUCGGCCAAACUUCAUCACUUUCUUGUGUGUUCUGUAUGCUUGUAGCCAUGCAGGACUAGUGGAAAAGGGCCAAUUCUACUUUCAUCUGAUGAGGGAGUAUGGAAUUGAACCAGGAGCGCAGCACUAUGCUUCCCUGGUGGACGUACUUGGUCGUGCAGGAAAAUUACAGGAAGCACUCUCAGUUAUCAAGGAAAUGCCAAUUGAACCAACAGAGUCAAUCUGGGGAGCUUUGUUAACUGGGUGUAGGAUCCAUGGGAACACAGAAUUGGCAGCCUUUGCAGCAGACAGAGUUUUUGAGUUGGGUCCUGUGAGCCCUGGGUUACAUGUUUUGUUAUCAAAUGCGUAUGCUGCUGCAGGGAAAUGGGAGGAGGCAGCCAUGGCAAGGAAGAUGCUGAGAGACCGAGGGAUGAAAAAGGAAACUGGAUUGAGUUGGGUUGAAGAAGGGAAUCGAGUGCACACUUUUGCAGCAGGGGAUAGAUCGCACUCGAAAUCAAAGGAAAUAUAUCAAAAAUUGGAUGAACUGAAGGAGGAAAUGGAGAAAGCUGGUUAUGUUGCUGAUACCAGUUUUGUUUUACGUGAAGUGGAUGGUGAAGAGAAGAAGCAGGCAAUUGGGUAUCAUAGUGAGAGGUUAGCAAUAGCAUUUGGACUCGUCACCUUCCCACCUGAAAGGCCAAUUCGGAUCAUGAAAAAUUUGCGUGUCUGUGGUGAUUGCCACACUGCAGUUAAAUUUAUAUCCAAGUGUACUGGAAGAACUAUCAUUGUGAGGGAUAACAACAGGUUCCAUCGGUUUGAGGACGGUACAUGCUCAUGCGGCGAUUAUUGGUAGUUGUAUUGUAAGAGAUUUUGUUUGUUUGAUUCAUUUUUCCAAAUAGCCAGGAAAGAAAAUCAGUAAUAGCACAAAAUCUUC